AUGGGAUCGGUCUCAGAGCCCCGUGUCCCCCCGCAUCCGGACCAGCGAUGCAUCGACGACUGGCGCCCGAUCAAGGUCAUCUGCAUCGGCGCCGGCAUGUCUGGCAUCGCCGUCGGCUCUCUCUUCCCUCAAUAUAUUCCUAAUCUCGAAUUGACCAUUUACGAGAAGAACGCCGAGGUCGGCGGGACUUGGUUCGAGAAUCACUACCCUGGCCUCCGUCCUGAUCUCACCCCUCAUGUGUAUCAGUACAGCUUUGCCAGCAACCCCAACUGGACGCGCUUCUACCCGCCCGGAGCCGAAUUCGAGGAGUAUCUGAAGACGGUGGCCAAGAAAUACGAGGUGUACAAGAACGUCAAGUUCCGCCACCGGUUCAUCAGUGCCCGCUGGAUCGAGGACGACGGGCAAUGGGAAGUCACUCUGCAGCGACUAGAGGAUGGAAAGACCAUCACCGACCGGGCCGAAGUGCUGAUCAAGGCCACCGGGUUCGUCAACGACUGGCGCUGGCCCGACGUGCCCGGGCGCGAGAAGUUCAAGGGCACCAUGCUACACACGGCCAACUGGGACGACAACUUCGACCCGACAGGCAAGACGAUCGCCGUGCUCGGCUACGGCUCGACCGGCGUCCAGAUCACGCCGGCCAUCCAGCCGAUCGUGAAGCAGCUCGACCACUACGUGCGCGGCAAGGUCUGGGUGCCCCCGGGUGGCGGCACCAACACGGAGGAAUUGAUUGAACGAGGAGCCCAGAAUAACUUCGACCAUGCCCUGGAAGAGCGCAAGCGCUUCACCGAGAACCCGGAGCAGUAUCUCGAGUUCCGCAAGAAGCAGGAGGCGUACUGCAACAAUGUGCAGCGCAUCUUCUUCAAGGACUCGGAGGCCCAGAAGCAAUUCACCCAGUUCCUCGACCACAACCUGCGCGAAACCACCAAGCCCAAGCCCUGGCUGUACGACGUGCUGCGACCCAACUACGCGCCGGGGUGUCGACGACUGAUCAUGGGCCAGAUGUGGCUGGAGUGCAUGCAGGAGGAAAAUGCCAACAUCAUCCCCAAGGAUGUCAAGCAGUUUACGGAAAACGGCAUCAUCGACGAAGACGGCGUCGAACGACACUACGAUGCCAUUAUUUGUGCUACUGGAUUUGAUACUCGCCUCGACAGCAGCGGAACCCCCUUCAUCGGCCGCAACGAGAAACCUCUCUCCCAAGUGUGGGAUCCCGAUCCAGUGGCCUACUUUGGCGUGCAGCCCGAGCAGAUGCCCAACCUGUUCCUGAUGUUUGGGCCCAACACCGCCCCCUUCGCCGGCUCCAUCGUGCACACCUUCGAGUCCGCCGCCCACUAUAUCAUCAAGUGCGUGUUGAAACUGCAGAGAGAGUAUAUCAAGUCCAUGGUGGUCAAGCCACAAGCCGUCUACAACUGGGUCAAGCACGUCGAUCGCCACAUGAGCAAGACGGUCAUGACGGAUCAUUGCGUGACUUGGUUCAAACGCAACAAGCCCGACGGCCGCACCAUCACCAUGUGGCCCGGGUCCGCGAUGCACGGCCACAUUGCAUGGAAACACCCACGGUUCGAAGACUACGAGUACACGUCGUGGCUUCCCGAGGACGACAGCCUGGCGUGGAUCGGUAACGGAAACACCGUGGCCGAGCUGACCGGCGUCGGCGACACCACCAACUACAUGGACUACACGGACGUGACCAAGGUGCUGCCCGUGCCAACCAAGGACUAUACGCCGCCCGCGUUGUCGGUGCCGGGCUCCGAGGAGAAGUGGCUCGGCCAGAUCAACGGCGCCGACCAGCUCGCCCAGAAGCAGCAUGCCGCUCUGGAGGAGGUCGAGGCCGACGGCAAGCCCGUGCCCAAUGCCGCCUUGGAUCCCCACGCCCCGGAGAGCACCAAGGUCGCGGCGAGUGAGGAGGUCGCACCGCUGGGUCCGAAGGUUGAUCCAGUCAUGGUCAAGCUAACCACCGUCCAAAAUCCAGAGUCCACCGCCGACGACAAGCCCAAGAUCAAGAAGUUUUAUUGA